UUAAUAAUUUCACCACUGCCUGUGGUAUGCCUGCCUCGCCUGUAGGUGGCAGCAGUGCGCAUGCACUAGCGUGCCUCUGCUCCAAUGUAGUAGAAGAAGAAGAACAAACUUUUACCGGAAGAGUCCCUUCCUAACCGCUAGCUGCUGAGCUAUCUGCGUAUCACGCCUCAUUUACAGAUGUAUUAUUAUGUCUCCUGACUCAUUGUUAUCUUGUCAAGUAGCUGCCGGUGUUUCUAUGACUACGGGCAGUUAACAAACGGACGGGCUGCUUUUUGUCGCCCGGGUCCUCCGGAGCUCUCGGAGAGAUGCAGAGCGCCGCAGCCGGGUCCCGGCCCCUGUUCGGCGGCGCGCUGUCGGCCGUCUUCCCCCGCGGAGCCCAAGACGCCAGCGAGCUGAGGGAGAUCCCGGACAACCAGGAGGUGUUCGCCCACGAGCGCACCGACCAGAGCCUGAUCGUGGAGCUGGUCGAGUACCAGGCUCAGGUGGCGGACCGGGACGCCGCCCGGUAUCACUUCGAGGACAUCGCGGGCAGCAAUGAGGCUUCGGAGCCGGGCGCCGGGUUUGAAGUGACCGGCGUCGCGCGCAUGUGCGAGUCCGAGCUGUCCCUCGCGCACUGCGGCUCCGCCUGGACGCUGACCGGCACGCAGCGCGUGUCCAAGUUCAACGAGGAGGCGAGGAACACGGUGACCCUCCGGCUGGCCGUGUUCCGGCUGCCGCGGUUCUCCACCGACGUCCUGAUCACCUUCAACGACCCGCAGAGGAUCGACCCGGAGAGCAGCAGCGCCGCGGCGGCGGAGACGCGCUCCGGGGCCCGCUGGACGGAGCAGGACUUCCGGCGCUUGUUGCGGACUCUGACUCUGCACAACCCCGGGCUGUUCGGCUAGAACUACGACCGGGGGCCUGGUUGAGAACACGUUUUAGGACUGCUUUAAACAGCAGGUUGUUUUGGAUCGCCACCAGUAGUGGUUCCCCGCGCAUGCGCUGUUCUGCCCUUGAUGUUGUUCUGACAUCUAAAAAUUUAAUUGAUGACCAAACAUUUCACCGUUUCGUCUUAAUAAAAGUGUCCAAAUUGUAAA